AUGUCGUCGAAAUCAUUUGUGCUUCUUCGGAAGCUGUUGAAAGUCCAUAGUAUUUCGAGUUGUAGGCUAUUUUCGUCGUCAGCAGUAUAUCGAGCGUCCAAACGGCAUUAUGAUUUGCUUGUUGUGGGUGGCGGUGCCGGUGGAAUGUCAGUUGCCGCGACGAAAUUCAAAGGAAUUUCAUCUGUCGGACUGAUGGAUGGAGCUCAAAAGCAUUAUUACCAGCCGUUGUGGACUCUAGUUGGAGCCGGUGUCAAGGAAUUUGCUGAAACCGAACGUCGCAUGAAAGAUAUAAUUCCGCCAGGCGUUGAUUGGAUUCCAGAUGCUGCCGAAACAUUUGAUCCAGAGAAAUGUAUCGUCAAGACAGCGAAAGGAGCGGCCAUCGGUUACAAGUACUUGGUAAUCGCGACUGGGAUGCAACUCGAUUACAACAAGGUCGACGGCUUGGUUAAUGCGCUUGAGAAUUCCCCGAAAGUUUGUUCAAAUUAUUCUCCCGUGUACGUGCACAAAACAUUCCCGUGCAUCGAGAACUUCAAGGAAGGCAACGCCAUUUUCACAUUUCCGAAUAGUCCUGUCAAGUGUGCCGGAGCUCCGCAAAAAAUCAUGUACCUCACCGAAUGGCAAUUCAAAAAGAUGGGAAAACGAGAAAAAGCGUCGUUCAAAUUUUUCUCUCCUCUCCCGGUGAUCUUCGCCUGUAAGAAAUACGCGCAAACGUUGGACAAAAUUUGCGCUGAUCGAAAUUUGCGAUGUUAUUUCAAGCGUAAUCUCAUCAAAGUCGAUUCCGACAAGAACAUGGCAACUUUUCAAAACAUCGACGAUCCGAAGGACGUGAAAAGCCACGAGUACGAAAUGCUUCACGUAUCUCCGCCUAUGGGUCCGGUAAACGUAAUGAUGAACGCUGGAACUUUGGUCAACAAGGCAGGAUUUUUGACUGUGAACAAAGAAACCUUGCAGCACACGAGGUAUCCGAAUAUUUUUGGAAUUGGUGAUUGUACAGACGUACCAACCUCUAAAACCGCCGCGGCCGCUGCUGCACAAGCUGGUCAUCUGCGGAAGAAUUUAUCAGCAAUGAUUGAGGGGAAACCCCUGGGAUCCUUGUAUGACGGAUACACGUCCUGCCCUCUGACGACAGGUUAUGAGGAAGUCGUCAUGGCGGAAUUUGACUUCGAACUUCAGCCGAAAGAAACUUUCCCGUUUGAUCAAAGUGUACCUAGAAAAUCCAUGUAUUUGAUCAAGAAGGAUUGGCUGCCAAAAAUCUACUGGGAUAAGAUGCUCAAAAACGGGUCAUUUAGCCCAGUGUACCCCAACCCGUGGUCCGCGGACCAGCGCCGGUUCGCAGAGAUUUUGAGAAUUAUGGAAUCUGAAGGUUUCGAUUUCAAAUGGGAAGAUCAUUCGAAAGAAGUUUUUGCAUCGAUACGAAAAAUUCGUUCUGAUCACGCCUUCGCGGAUGUGACUUUACAUUCAGGUGGAAGAAAUUUCGUGGCGCAUAAGGUUCUUCUCGCAGCGUCGAGUCGUUUUUUCGAAGAUCUUCUGGCUGGUCUUCCUGCGAACAAAUGCAAUGUCCUUGUGCUGACUGAUGUGAGGCCAGAGAUUUUGCGUGCAUUGCUGGACUUCAUCUACGAGGGAGAAAGCUCUGUGGGGAAUAAUCUCCUUGAAGAUUUUCUUACUGCCGCGAAAAAGCUUCAAAUUCGUGGGCUGCAUUCCUUUGAUGCCAGAAAAUCGAGGAAAAGGAAAACCUCUGGCCAUCUUAGGGGAUCGACGCAAGAGAAUGAUGACGACGAGGUUGUCAGUCCGGGAAGGGAAACCGCCGAGAAUACACCAGUUAAUUCCACGAAUGCAUCCGAAUCGAAUAAACCGAAAUCAAUGGUUUUAGGUCCUUCAGUAUCGCCGACCACUGAAGAAAUAGACACUGAAUCUUGCGUGCAAGUUAAGGUAGAAACCGGAGAAGGGAAGGAGUUUGAUGACGCUUCCGCUGAGUGGGUUGAGGAGGAAACAUGUGCUGACGGAGAAUACUGCGAGGAAGGAAACGAGCAGGAAGAAUACAUCGUUGACCUGGAGAACUCUGAUAUGAAAAUUCCACCAGAAGUUUCCAGGAAAUUUGUUUCUUCUGUGCCACGAACGAUGCCUUCAAUCUGUCGUGAAUCUAAUUUCGACAUAUCCGUGCCGUCCCAUCAUUCUACGUGUGCCGAAUUCUACCUCAGUUUCCGCACCGUAUUGAACACCGUGAUGGAAGGAUUGCCGUUUAUUGAAGGACGGAGCAGUUCGGGCGAAGAUGUCCUUCCUCGCCUGUAG